AGCGUUUGGUUCGUCGUGCGGGUGCUGCUCUAUAUAUAUAUCGAUAGCGUGUUUGGCUACAUAUAUCUGUGCCAUUGCUGGCGCUUGCCACUCUUGUUCAGCAGGGAUUGCGAUUCUCUAGACAGUGUGCUUUGAGUUUUUUGUGGCCCUGGCCAACUUGCAAUUUAUGUGGCUAAUUAGAGGAAAAGGAGGCGGCGGCGGACCAUUUGUGCGUGACUCUCGAACGGCGUAAGUGCUGCGCAUCCUUUGCGUUUCGUGUGCCGCGCCCCUACCGCCCACCAGAAACAACAACAACCACAACAAGGAAAAAGAAAAGUAUUAACACGUGCCGGAAAAAUAAUAAUACACUCAAGUUAUCAAAACACUUGAAGAGAACUGGAAAAAGCGUAGUCCGAAAAAUCUGCAGUGCAAAAAAAAGCGAAAGGGAAUUGAAAUUUAGGGCAAAAGCGGAUUACGAGCAGCAAAAUAACAGCCGAAAGCGGAAAAUGCGAAUGAAAAUGAAUCUUCAAGUGCGCGGGCAAACAAACAGCAAGACUGAGAAGUGAGUUGCGGAAAAUUCGGAAAAGUGCGUAGAGCAGAUAGAAGGACGAAGGACCCCGAAGUAAAUCAUUAAAUCAUAUGGAAAUGUGAACGCGUCACGCUGCCUCAUUAACGAUUUCCCAUUUUCGAUUUUCCAUUUCCCAACCAACCAGCAAUACCGCACUCCAGUUGCGUGCGGAUCAUCAAUUAAUUCCAGUCAGUUUUCGCACUUUAAGCGCCAAAAAAGGCAGCAAUAAAAAGGAGUAUUCCACACAAAGAGAGCGCACGAAUUAAUGACACAAUAACACACUGCGGUUUCAUUUGUAGUGGUCAGUAUAUAUGAGUAUAUCAGCAUCGCGCGUGUGUGUGAGUGUGUUUUCCAGAGUGGGCGCAACAGUUCGUCGGCCAUACAGCCCGCCCCCUUCGGUUUUGAUUCCGAUUCCCAUAUGAUACGAUCCGAUCGGUCGCGUGGCAUAUAAUUUAUCACAAUUGUCAUCGUCUGGCGGGGCAAAGUGAAAGUGCAGCGGAGCAUCCGCAAGAUACAAAGAUAGUAGAUACAAGAUACAAAUUGCUUAUGCAGACAUCUUUGCAAAUACGGGUCAGUGCAUUGGAACAAUAGCUGCGAGCAGCAAAAGUUUUGCUCUCUAUCUGUUGGCCAAGCAAAAACAUAAAUUAAACUUGCCAGCUGGAAGGCCUUGAAAGUUCCUCUGUCCUUUGGAUUAGCUAGCCAGGGAAAGCCAAAGAGCAGCCGGUGGAUUCCCGACCAGCAAUCCACCGAAAUAAAAAAAAAGAAAGGAAUGUCCAUAAAAGGGCGAAUAAACAUGUAAAAGCACAUUAAGCGAUGCUACGGACUUGAUCUGACUCACACGGACAUGCAUUCGUAAAUGUCGGCGGAAAUGCUCUUUUUAUGGGCCACGAGUACAUUGGCGCUUCAUUAAAGGCAACGGCGGAAGCGGAAAUAGCCGAGCGGCCAUAACAAGGAGACGCGUGUUUAUUGGCGCCAGGUCAGAAGCACAGAAACGCAGAAACCCGAACUGCCAACUGCAAGCUGGCAAGCUGCAACAUUCUGUACUCCUUGGCAAUACUUGUAUACUCUCGCUUGUUUCUUUGACACUUUGGUCAAAUUGAAGUUUGCCACAUAAAUGACGAGACGGUCUUGCGUUUGGCACAACGCACCGCAAGCACGACAAAAUGACAGCCAUGCAGCUUUUAUUGCCAACAAAUACACUGGAAACCGAGACAACAGCCAUGCAAACGACAUAUUGGCCAAGACAAACCGGCAACAGCAACAGCAAAAGCAAAAGCAACACGAACUGCAAGUGCAACAUCAACACACAUCGAAAAUCACGGACGAGAUGCCCGGACAAUGGGAAAACGAUUUGGGCUGUCGGCUUCACGUUGGUCCUGUUGACUUGCCUGCAGCAACUGAAAUCGGUUUCGGCGGACGAGGAGUCGCAGGAUUUUCAAAAGAACAUACCCGCUCGAUUGGUUUGGGCCGCUUUGGGCAAAACGGUGGAGCUGCCCUGCGAUUUGACGCCGCCCACGUCGCAGGAUUCGGUGAAGCUGCUGCUGUGGUUCAAGGACACCACGGGCAUUCCUCUGUACAGUCUGGACUCGCGGGGCGGAAACGUGAAGUUGGCGCCACAUGCGGCCAUAGCUAGCGAUCUGGGGCAACGUCUGUUCUUCAGCAUCGGCGAUAAUCCCAAGGAUUCGCGCCUGCAGAUCAACGAUGUGAAGCCGGAGGACGGCGGCGUCUAUCGGUGUCGCGUCGACUUCUUCAACUCACCAACGCGCAACUUCAGGCACAACCUGACCCUAGUUGUGCCUCCCGAGGAGCCGCGCAUCUUCGAUGCCCAGGGCAAGGAGAUAUCCCAGAUGGCAGGACCCUUCCGAGAGGGCUAUGAGCUCUUCCUCUGCUGUCAAGUGAGGGGCGGACGACCCCCGCCCAAAGUCACCUGGUGGCGCGACGACACCGAGCUAAUCGGCACCAGCCACACAUCCGUGGAGGAGGGCGCCACCGUGAUGGUUAAUCAGCUGCUGAUUGGAACCACCACGCGGGACUUCUACGGAAUUCGCAUCGAGUGCCGGGCGCAGGGAACUCGACUGGUGGAUCCGGUCCGCAAGGAUGUCACCGUGCAGGUUUACUUGAAACCGGUGCGCGUGAAGAUUGCAACUCCCAACGAACUGCUGACCGCUGGCCAACCGAUGCCCAUUCGCUGCGAGUCCUGGGGCUCAUACCCUGCGGCCAAGAUCACCUGGCUGCUCGACGGCGAGCCCAUCCGCAAUGCCGAGGUCACCGUGCACAGCGACAAGGAGGACGGGAAUAUCACAACGAGUAUCCUGACAUUGAAGGUAACAUCGGAGAACGAUAAUGCCGAGCUGACGUGUCGCGCCACGAAUCCCUGGUUCUCCGGUGGCGCCAUCGAGGACAAGCGCAUCAUCCGCGUGGCAUAUCCGCCCACGGUUUCGGUGCACUUGGCCAACGAGGAUCCCAGCCGCCUGGUGACGCGGGCCGAGGGCCAGAAUGUCACUUUCAAAUGCCGGGCAGAUGCCAGGCCGCCGGUAACCAGCUACUCCUGGUUCAAGAAUGGCAUGCGAAUGUCGGGCGAGAGCACGGAAAUAAUGCACUUGACGCAAUUGGAGAGGGAAAGUGCGGGGGCGUACGCCUGCGGGGCCACAAAUACGGAGGGCGAGACCCGGAGUUCGAGCCUCACUUUAAAAGUGCAGUUCUCCCCGCGCUGUAAAUCGGGCACCGAACAAACCUCCAUUGGAGCCGUCAGCCUUCACUCGAUCCUGGUCAAAUGCGAGGUGGAUGCCGAUCCGCCGGACUCCGUGCGCUUCAGUUGGACCUACAACAAUACCCGGAACGUGUCGCCGGUGCUCAACUCGAGGAUACAGUCGAACGGACUGGCCAGCACGGUGACGUACCUGCCCCAAACGGACUCCGAGUUAAUAACGCUGGCCUGCUGGGCCAGCAAUGCUGUGGGCCGCCAAACGACGCCCUGUCUGGUGCACAUCCUGCCGGCAAACACUCCGGAGGCACCGAAGGCAUGCGAAUUGCGCAACGACACCGUCCUGGAGGUGGUUUGUGUGGCGGGCAGCGACGGAGGACUCUCGCAGUACUUCAUGCUGGAGGUGGUGGGCGGGGACCCACUCUACUCUGGAGAUCCGGGUGGAUCGGCGGGCCAGGGACGAGGCCAGUUCAGCGAGGCCAUCGGCCUGGGCGACAACGAGAUAUCCACGCUGAAUGAUCAGGCGACAUCUGCACCCAUCUUCCGCAUGCAGGAGAACAGUCCACAGUUUCGUUUGAAUAAUUUAGAGCCGGGACGUGAAUAUCAAUUUUUAGUUUACGCCGUCAACGCCAAAGGACGAAGCGAGCCGCCGGUGGUGAUUGAGAAUGUACGCGUGGCCGCCCAACUGGGACCAUAUGACGAAUCCAUUCUGUCCGAGGACCCAACGCCCGCAGAAACAACGCAUCAUGGAGGCGGCGGCGUGGGUGGCAGCGGGAGCUCCAGCGGCCUGGGCACCGGCGCCAGCACGGGCAGCGGUCCGGAGAAGCAAUCGACGCUGCUGAUACUCGCCGCCGUCGUGGUGAUAGGCGCCGUCGUGGUGACGUCAAUUAUCGUGGCCGGCAUCGUCGUGGUCUGCCGGCACAGGCCGCGGCCACCUGAGCCGCAGGAGGUGCGCAAGAGCAUGCGGCCGGCGCGAAACGAUGUGCCGAGCAUGUACAUCGAGGAGGACGAGCUGAACGAGCUGGAGGAGGGCGGCGGACGAGCGGCGGAGAUUAGGGCGCGUGUGGCCCCGCCCAACUCGCACCUGUGCGGCGGCGGCGGGAUGCCGAUGCCCGGUGGCGUUGGGUCAAGUGGCGGGGCCAUUGUGGGCGUGGCCGGACCCCAUCACUACAUCUCCGAGAGCUUCAUCCAGUACGCGCAGCCCAGCCUAAACGGCGACGUGCUGCUGCCCCUGCUCGUUACAUCCAGCCAGCCUUGCAGCACUAACUCCACCAUCUCGAGCGUGGUCCUGGCCAUGCCCCAGGCGAAACUAUGUCCUGAUCCUGCGAGCCGAAACACUGCCUGGCCGCCCGAAUACCCGGAUCUGAUAUUGCCGCGCGGCGAAUUGGAAUUUACGACCCUGGAUCCAACGCUGAAGUAAUUGUAAAAAGUAAUAAUAAAUAUCUACACACACACACAGACUCACUAGCGGUGAGGCCUCAUAAUUCACGGGCAUUUCAUUAAACAUAGCUGUAAAUUUUUAGCAUAAAUUUAAAUGCAUUAGCGUAAAGGUAAAUCGUGUUGCGUAACGUUUAAGCGGAAAGGCAAAUAGAUAAGGAUAAACCAUUUUGUAAUUGUCAGCCAUUAAGUGUCAUUCGAACCGCUGAAGGCGGAUGCAAAAUCAAAAAUACGAGCAUAAACAUAGAAACCAGAAGCUGCGCUAUAAAUACGCUACAAACUUGUAACUGAAAUCAAAAGUAUGAAACAUGUAAAUACCACACACAUUUUGCUGUUGCACCAUCGACUGUACAUAGAGAACGGGCAAACAUUAAUCAAACUGCAUUUAAAUGUUAAAUAUUAAUUGUAAUUAAUGAACAACUAGCCCGUAAGCCAGUAGUAGUAAGUAAGCCGUGUGUAUUGAAAGUGUAAUUAGACUCAUAGAGCCCACUAAGAGUUAUUGGCCAACUUUGGACUUUGCACCUGGUAUCCGCCUCGGAUGUGUGCAAAUAUCUGGCCAUUUAUCCAUUAAUGUCUGCAUAGCCAUCUAGGAUUCAUUAGCUAAAGUUAAAGUCUGUCCCAUCCGGUUGCUGUCGUCCGAUCAUUGAAAUAUCGAAAUGUUUUCAACAGCCAGCAGCGAUUCUGGGCCCACGGCCCCCCCCCUUUGCCGCCCUGAUCCGGCACUUUCAGUCGCUAUUUAUGGCAAUUCCAUGAAUAUUCUAUUACCCCAAUAAGCCGAACCGACGGCAAAGAUGAAUAACAGCCGAAAAAACACACACAAACAACAGUGGGCCAAGUGGGCCAUGCUCGAGUGCAUAAUGAAUAAAUGUCGAGUGAACAGGCAAUUCCCAGGGCCCUCAGCAAUUCCACUCACACAGGACUCCCACACUCAAACUACAACACAAACUAGAAGUCAAACAAUAAAUGCGAAUUCAGUGUAAAUGUUAUAAAUAACUAAAGUAACCGAGCAAAGUACGACAUAAAAAUAAUAAUAAUAAUAAUAAUACGCCAUACACUUUACACAAUACUCCAAUGUAAUUCGAAUUCUAAUUUCAAAUAUACAAACAUAAAGUGAAAUGGCAGACUAGCAAAAUAUACAGUGCGUAUGCGUAAUAAAAUAAAUUGAAAUACAUAUAUAUAUACACAUAUAUAUAUAUAAAGAGAUGCAUACAAAUGGAAACACUGGGGGCAAACCUUCCGUCUGCCCCCGAAUGUCGUUCUCUGUCUCUGUCACUCUGGACAAAACCAAACUGAUUGUUUUUAAGCAAAGUUAGAUUUAUAAAUAAAUUAAAUUUAAAUGCGAACGAGAAGCGCAAACUUAAAAGUGAAAUACAUUAAUAACUAAGUCGAAACUACUGAGUGUGUUAAUAAUACUGAAUACUGAAUAAAUAAACAAGA